CUUGAAUUUUGUUUUGGUGGCUACAAAAUCGUCCAGCUAUUUUCAUUUACUGACGGAAUUUGCAGCGGUAAGCCUUUGCCUUGAGAGGUUUGCAGCAUGUUUUCUCAUCAUCGGUGUAUGAAUUCUCCAUCGUGCAACUAACAUUAUUCUAUGUGUGUAACCUACUCAAAGAGAAGUCCAUCCUUCUGUAACAAUGUCGACCCAACAUCAAACUCCCGACAGGAAAAAGAACUUUGCCCCUCUUCUCAGCUCCCCGCAAGUCGGCCAUUCAAUGCCGAACCCCAUAAUGCAGCAGCCCAAGACACCCAUCCCUCAGAGCCCCGCCCCUGCCAAUCACUCUUUCCGCCAAGGCUCUAUGUCAACACCGUCUCCCCAGAUGCCGCAGAGCCCAGAUCCUGUCCAUGAUCUUCCUCCGGAGCUACUUGAAGCGGGCUGGAGACAGUUUUGGAGCAAGAGGGAGGGGCGGAACUACUACUUCAAUAAGUUCAGUAAACAAUCACUGUGGGAGAUGCCCCCCAUGCCCGGAGAGAGGGGCGCAUCACGGCAUGACCCUCUUGGAAUUCAGAUCGACCCAAGGCCCGGUCACGGACCUCCAAAUAUAACCUCUCCACCUGGUGGUCUGGUACCCAGAAGACAGUCAAUUGAAGAGUCUCCUCUCAGCCCAACGUUCAAGCAGGCUGACCUUAGAGGCCCUUUCUGGGACUUCUCUAUCAACACUAACGUCAUGAUGUUUGAGAGGUACCCUAGUGUACUGCCUCCACCCCAUAAUGACAUUGAACUGAUGAGGGGAAGCCUGGUACAGAAACUACGCUUCCAGUACAGUGAAUUAUGUUACCAACGCGAAGGGAUCCAAGCACCGAAGGAAUCCUUUAAUCGUUGGCUUCUGGAGAGGAAGGUGAUUGACAAAGGCCAAGAUCCGAUGCUACCCAGUGACUGUAAGCCAGAAGUAUCGCCGUCUAUGAAGAGAGAGAUUAUGAGUGAUAUUCCCAUUAGAUUGUACAGGCCCAAGUUGUACGGAGAAGCCCGGAAGUUGUUGUAUAGAUACGCUGAAGCUGCAAAGAAACUCAUUGAAUCAAGGAAAGCAUCCUCUGAGAGUCGUAAGAUCAUUAAGUGGAAUGUUGAUGAGAUGUUUCGAUGGUUGAGAACUCAGCCCUGCUGUAGUAUAGAUGAGUAUAUGAAACGUUUAGCUCAUCUGAAGGAGCAGUGUGGCCCUCAUCUCAACUCGGCCGUCCAAUCCUCCGUGGAGGGAAUCUGUUCUAAGAUGUGUAGCAUGUCUAGUGAGAUUGUGAAGAAGCUGAGAGCUAAACACUGGGAGCUCCUUAAGGAACAUCAGAUUGAAGAGCCGGCACCAUUUCCCAGGGCGCCAGCCGACCGGAAGAUGCCUUGCUACCCGGUGUACGACUACGUACCCAGCCCGAGGUUACCCACAGUAGACAUCCAUGAGGAAGGAAGCACAACAUGCCUUCGUUAUAAAGGAGAAAUGAUGAAACUCAAUACAGCUCACCUCAAGAAACUGGAGAUGCUUUACAGGUUGCACUGUAGAGACGACGCAGUCAGACAGAAUUUCUUGCCAAGAGUUUGGUGUCUGCUUCGAAGAUAUCAGACGUUAUUUGGAGUUGGUCGGUACGAGGGUCAUGGCCUCCAGGGAGCUCUACCCGUCGCUGUCUUCAAGUCUCUCAACGAUAACUUCGGAGUAACCUUUGAAUGUUUUGCAUCUCCCCUUAAUUGUUAUUUCAAGCAGUAUUGCUCUGCGUUUGCUGACACGGACUGCUAUUUUGGAUCAAGAGGUCCUAUCCUUGAUUUCAAUCCAGUCAGUGGAUCAUUUGAAGCUAACCCUCCCUUUGGGGAGGAGCUUAUGGAAUCAAUGGUGGCACAUUUUGAGCGUCUCUUGGCAGGCACAUGUGAUCCAUUGUCUUUCAUCGUCUUUAUUCCUGAAUGGAGAAACCCACCAACAGCUGCUCUCGUGAACAUGGAGAAAAGCAGGUUCAAGAGGAAACAGACGACUGUGACUGCUUUUGAACAUGAGUACCGAAGUGGUGCACAACAUUCUUGUGCUGAUAAUGAGGUGUACUACCGUGCCGUACAUGGAACUGCCAUCUUCUUUCUGCAGAACGAUGCCGGAUAUAAGCUCUGGCCACCAACCGACGAGAAGAUCAAAUCAUUAAUGGAAGCUUACCAACCCGAACAGACCACACCACCCACGCCGUCAGCUUCUAAAGUGUCCAAUCAUAAAGAGGUAGAUACAGAAGGUGAAACUCCCAAGAAAAAAAUAGACGCAUCUUUAAGUUCUCCCACCAGUUCCUUAAAGAGGACCUUUUCAGAAUCUGAAAGUGACGCUCAACCGCCGUUAAAGAGGACCUUUUCAGAAUUUGAAAGUGACACACAACCGCCGUUGAAGGGUCACGCAGACGACCAUUUAAGUGCGUCCGUAACGUCACCUACAGGAAAUGGUGGUUCACCUCUAAAGAGAUCGAAAUUAACUGAAGACUUGUAUUUUGACAUCUCACCAGCUCUGAGGCAUACCCAUGGUAUGACAAAACUAGAGGUGGAUAGAUCGAGGAGCGAACAGAGACACGGGAGUGACGGCGACAGGAAGAAGGAGCAUGCAACAAGUUCUCUGUCUGAUACACCAAGAAUUGUAAAAUAACAAACCUAUCAUGUUGUGUACAUAGCUAGUCAAUGCCAACACCUACUCCCUGGUUGUAAUGGGGUUGACGCUAACCUUAAAAGGCCCAAACAAAAGCCCCAACCAAACAUUCAAGUAAAUUGAGGUACAGUUUGGGCUUUUAAUUUUUAUCUGGUUUUUGUGUGGAAUCAAUGUUUUUUUUAAAACAGUUAUUUGUUCAUGAGCAGCGUUGCUUAGAACUAAAUCUCAAAAUCUCAAUGCAACUUUGUUAUAUCAGUGCAAGAAGUU